AUGCACACUGCCAAACGUAUCCGCGUGGUUGCCUCCGUGGCGGCGUUCAUGCUCUUGCUUUUCGUCAUGUACCGCUCCAACGCCGCCAUCAACGACCGGCACCACGCCCGCGGCAACCGGGUGGCGAAAAUGAACCUGAUUUUGGAUCUGAUGAAUAACGAGAAGCAGGACGAGUUGAUCAACCACGAAAUCGGCAAGCUCGCCGGUGCCGAUGCCGGUGCUGCCGACGUCGACGACCAGGCGGUGCUUGAUAUCCUGGCCGGAGGCUCGGGCGCUAAAUCUGCCUCCGUAGCCAGUGCCGAGGCUGAAGCGGAAUAUGACCCCGCUCAGGAUUUCUUGAACAUCCGCAUGUUGCUGCCGAUGGUGGUGUUCUCUAAGCUGUACUGCCCGUACUCGAAGCGGAUUAAGAAGUUGCUUAAAGACAACUACGAGUUUGCUCCCGAGUACGUGGUGGUGGAAUUGGACCAGCACGAACACGGCCGCGAGUUGCAAACCUACCUUAAAGAGGUCACCGGCCGCGGCACCGUGCCCAACGUGCUUGUGGGCCAGCAGUCCGAGUCUCGCGGCGGGUGCGACGACUUUGUCUCCAUGCACGAAGACGGGACGUUGCUCAAAGUACUCAACGCCUGGGGGCUGCCGCUGUUGGUGGCGAUGAAGAAGGACACCCCUUCCAACUUCUAA